UUAACACACUUGCAAUUAAAUAAUUGACGGUUAGACAAUAAAAACAUAUUUUAAUUCUCCAAAUAUGUAAUACAAACUAACAAUUCACAUGUUAAUAUAUUGGAGAAGCGGCAUAGAAUGCUAUAACUUAAGACUCUAUACAAAUUGAAGCAGCUGAAUAAACUGACUGUUGUAACUGCAGUAUGCUGUAUGGACGGAAUGAUUCGCAAUUGACUUAGAUGGUAAUUAGUAAAGCGCUUAGGCACAGUCCGCACGGUUCAUCAUGAUCGCAGCUCUAAAGCAACAAUUUUAUAUUUUACUAAUGAAAAGCCGACGUCUCGUAAUACCAGCUCUGGCUGCUAUUCUAAUGCUGUUAGUUAUAGUGUCCACAAUGCAGGAUCUCUAUACAAGUUUAAGCAAAAUUUCUGACUUAGAGUCAUUCGAAACAGAAUUUGCUUCAAAUCAAAGUGAUACAGAGGAUAUUCUACACUCAAGCUUACAGCCUCCGCCAGGACGCAGCAUUUUCUUUCAUGAGACCAGCUGCACUUAUAGAAAUUCACGUUACUAUGUCAUGAAUCUGACGGCUCGACAAGCCUGUUCAAUAGAAUCGGCUGCUCUGAAUAAUCCCAACUUACAAAUUUUUACUGUGUUUUCCUGUCCCACCUAUCGUCCGCUCGUCGGUCGUCAAAAACUUCUCGUCGAUGCCAUCGAAAGCUAUGAGAACGUGAACUUUCGUCACCUAAAUUUAAGGGACUAUGCUAUGAGCACUCCUAUUGAAGAUUGGGUAAAAAGGGGCGAAUUGCUUAACUCUAGCUUUCCGAUGGAGCACACAUCUGACCUCCUCCGCCUUAUAAGUCUCUAUCGGUUUGGAGGCAUCUAUUUAGACAUGGAUAUUAUUGUCCUGAAGAGCUUAGAGAAAUUACCCCUGAACUAUGUGGGAGCUGAAUCUAACUAUUCCCUCUGCAAUGCUGUCAUCGGUUUAGCAGCCGAUGGAAUAGGUCAUGAAGUUGCUGAACUAUUUUUAGAGCGAUAUGUAAAAUAUUUCAAUGGGAAAGACUAUGCACAAAAUGGACCAGCUCUUGUGACAGCCGUUCUGUUGAAAUUUUGUGGCACCAGCCUCAUGAAAGCCAUAGAAGGCGGUCGUAAGAGUUGCAAGGGAUUUCGACUAUUUAAUACGACUGCAUUCUAUUCAAUUCCUUGGCAAGAGUGGAAGCAUUUCACUGAGCCCAGGUACCUGGAGGAAACUAUGGCAAGAACUAAGGAUUCAUUAAUGAUACACAUAUGGAACAUUGCGUCCAGGAGAGAGCGCAUCAAAGUUGCCUCCAAUAUUGCCUAUGUAAAGUAUGCGGAAAAGUACUGUCCCAGGACGUAUGCGGUAGCUGGUGAUUACUUAUAAUGUAUUUUAUUUAUGUCGGUUUCAAACAAUAUAUUUCUAAAAUAAAUACGUGUCCUAUAUAA